AGUUAUUUAAUGGAUUUUGGAGGUAAAAAUAUUUUUAAAGAUUUAGUGAUUCUUAGGUCAUGUAUAAAGGUGAAUAUAAAAAUUCUAAAAAGUAUGGUAGUUGGGAUAUCUAUUAUCAGAAAUAGUAUGGGAAUUAUAAAAAUGAAUAGAUGUUAUUAUAAAUUAUUAAAAAUUAUAGUGGCGGUGGUUCAUUUGAUGAUGAAAAUUUGAAAAAUGGAAAAUGGAUUGAAUUGAACAAAAAAUUUUCAUUGUACUUUUCAGAGAAAUAAUAUAUUAGUUAUAAUGAAAUAACAUUCAGUGGUGAGUAUAAACAUGGUUAAAAAAUUGGUGCAUGGGAGAUCUAUUGUUGUUACAAAGAAAAUCUGAAAGAUGGAUAAUGGAUUGAAAAAAACAAUUAGUUUUUAAUGUAUUAAUUAAAUUCAUUUGAAAUUUAAAAGGGCAUGUUAAGUUAUAAAUUAAGGUGAAUAUUUAAAAGGCAAAAAGGUUGGAAGAUGGGAUAUUUUAUUUAGGAACAAUUCUAAAUCUUUAUUUUAAUUAAUGUAUUUCGAAAGAAAGAUAUUAUUUUUUAUUUAUAGCGGAGGUGGAUCAUAUGAUGAAAAAAAUAUGAAAACUGGAAUAUGGAUUUAAUUGAAUGAUUAAUUUCAUAAGUAUUGUAAUUAAUCAUUUUAGUAAUUUUAUAAUACACAAAGGUGAAUAUAAAAAUAAUUUAAAGAUAGGUAGAUGGAUAAUCUAAAAAAUAUUUUCAAAUAAAAUAAUGUAAUGAUAAACUUAACAAUUUUUAAUAUUUAUUAGAGGUUAUGGAUGCUAUGAUGAACAAUAAUUAAAACAAGGAUAAUGGAUUGAAUUGAGCGACUUUUAUAAUAAGUAUUGGAUUUAAUAAUAGAUUUAUAUAUUUUUAGUUGUCAUCAAAUAACUUAUAACGGGGAUUAUUUAAAUGGGAAAAAAGUAGGUAUAUGGGAUGUGAUGAAUAAUUAAGAUGAAAAAAAAUAAAUAAUAACGUAUUAAAGAAAUUUUAGAAAUAAUAUUUUAGCAAAAUCACAUAUUCAAGGAAGUAAUGAUAAAUAUAAAUCGAUAUCUAUAAAAAUGUUAUUGUUAUAAAUUACAAUAUAACUCAAUAAAAUAUGGAUAAUUAAAAAAGAAUAAAAUAAUAGUAUUAUCCAAUAGAAUCUGAUCUUAAUAAUGAUAUUGAAAAAAAUUAAUUAAUUUUUUAAAAUUAGGAGAAAGGAAAUUUAAAUUUUCCUUAAUCAAUAUACUUGCUUAAAAUUUUAGUGA